GUAGGUCGUGGCCGUAGCGAUCCAGUCCGGUUGAGGCCAUGCAUGAUCAUGUGAAUCAUGUGUUCGUUGCGUCGUUGCUUCUGUAUGGUUUCUGCUUACACAAACGAGCGCGUGAGCAUGUGGACCUGCAUUUGCGCUCGGACUGGCACCACGGGCUUGGUGACGAUUCUUGUGUUCAUUUCUUGGGCACCUGCUGCGUAGCGUAGCGUUGCGGUGUCCCAGGUCGUGACAGCUACAAGGCGGAAAGAAAAAAAUGACUGAAACACCGCCGAGACCAGACCCUGUGUUUUUUGAAGACUCGCAGCCACUGUUGACGAAAAAGGAUAGCCAAGCUCGGAGAAGACGCCAGCCACGGCCACCACGAGUGCCAUCCGUGGAUAGAACUAGCUGGCGUUCAGACCUACCUCGGCAUGCUCAGGCAGUCAGCUUUAGCGGUUCUGAAUUCUCGUUUCACAGUCCACACUACAAUGAACAGGCCCCUGUCUCCUAUCUGCACCAGUGCUUCUACGUAGACCAGAAACUGGGGGAAGGCUCUUUCGGAGUGGUGUACAAGGUGCGGUGCCUGGAUGACGGCAGGUGGUACGCGGUCAAGGUGGCCAACCGUCAGUUUCGGGGUCAGCGUGACCGUCGGCUACAGCUGCAGGAGGUGGCUAAGCAUGAGCUGCUGCCGCCGCACCCGCACUGUGUGCGCUUUAUCAAGGCCUGGGAGGAAGACUACCGGUUGUACAUCCAGACGGAGCUGUGUGAGUGCAGCCUGGCUGCCUACACUGAGAAGCACCACAACCUGUCCGAGCAGCUUGUCUGGGAGUUCCUUGUCGACCUACUGCUGGGUGUGAAACACUUGCACGACCAUGACCUGGCCCACCUGGACAUCAAGCCGGAAAACAUCUUCAUCUCCAAGGAUGGCUACUACAAGCUGGGGGACUUCGGCCUCGUCCUCGACCUCAAGCGGGACGACUCCUCAGACCCUCUGGAGGGUGACCCAUGCUACCUUGCACCAGAGCUGAUGGAGGGCCACUUCACGAAGGCAGCCGACAUCUUCAGUCUCGGUAUCACAGUACUCGAGCUGGCCUGUGACCUGGAGCUGCCCAGUCGAGGUGAAAACUGGCACGCUCUGCGAUCAGGAACCCUGCCUCAUUACUUCGCACAGCGUCUUUCACCGCAGCUGCGCAGUGUGAUCCAGCAGAUGAUGCACCCUGAUCCACAGCAGCGCAUCACGGCUGACCAGCUGCUGGCCCUGCCAGACAUCCGCCGGGUCCGCCUUCAGCGUAGGCUUUACGUGGCGCGAAGGAGAGCAGUUGCUUGGGUGCAAGACAUGUUGCUGCUGACCUGGUUCUGGUUGCAGUCAUUCCUCAGGGCAACCUGGAGGUUUCCAAUCUCCUGCAUCAAGCCACUCUUCGCAUCCUCCCAUCCCAGUGUUGCUCGUCGGAUGUCAAACCUGGACACCGACUGUUUUUCAGAUGAUGAAACGUUCGGAGAGUCUCUGAAUCACGAGCUUGGGGAGCACGAAGACUUCUUCGGGGCGAACUUGAGCAGCUUCGAACGCAGCUUCUGUGAUGGUGGCUACUCAUUUGAAAGGUCAACACCGAAGCCACUUCGGCAUAGGCGUGACCAGCGGUUGCACAGUACACCCACGGCCUUGUUGUUCUCCCGACGUUCGAGGUCAAAUUCUACCCCUGCGCCAGUGCCGUUCAAUCUAAGUGUGAACGAUGGAACAAUCAAGAACCUCUUCCCGGCAAACGAAGAAGAGAAGCUUUCCAGUGGCGAGGACUCCUUAUGAAUGUUGCACAAUGUCCUUUUCCUUUUUAAUUACAAACUAGUCAACCCAGUUUUGUAUUUUAGCAUUGUACAUAACGUAAUUGUAGAUUCAUUGUUAUAUAAGCGGCAUAUAUAAAAUGUUAUACAUGUUUUUUAUAACUUUACUUGCGUAUUGAUAGUUGUUGCACUCUCAUUGUGGUUCUGUACAUUGCCACGAGAACACGCAUUUCGCAUCAUGCUCCUACAUGCCGUUAUUUGAAAACUCACUGUCUGUAGACUAUCGACGUAGAAAGUGAGAACGGUGCAUGUUCUUUUAACGUGUUCAAUUUUAUAAUAAAAUGUCUGAUGCAUUGUUUUGUUGUGUUGGAGCAGCAUUUCCUGCUCUAGGUGUUUAUCAUAUCUUAAGCUUUGUUCAUUAUUUUACAUUUUACCUGUCUCUACACUAUUUUAAUUUAAUUGGACAAUCAGAACACUUAAUAAACUGACAUUCAACAAGCACCUGUGCUUAGGUAAAUUUUAGUGUUCUACAGUUCUUGCUGGUUUUUAAAGCUUUUUUUUUUUGUUCAUUGGACACGAGCAUUAUCAAUGGCUAAGAUGCAUUGUUGUCAGUUUUAUUGUGGUUUUAUCUUUGUGCAUGAUUCAGCAUUCUGUGGGAAUACUUUUUUUUUUAAUUGUAUACUCUACCUGGAGUAAUAAAUAAUUGAGCAGCUCA